AGAUGGAUUUAAUCACAACGCCUACGUCAUGCCGUCUACGCGUGUUUGACGUUUUGUCUGUCUUCUGAGCGUUUUUAAACCGCUAUCAUUUUUGAGACAAGCGCCGGAAGACAUGGUUAAAUAUAAAUUGUAUUAUUUUCUUUCACGCGGAAGAGCCGAAAUGAUCAGGUUUAUUUUUGCCUACGUUGGAGUUGAUUAUGAAGAUAUCAGAAUACCCGACAGCGAGUGGCCGAAACACAAAGAUGGAAUGCCACUUCAAGAGAUGCCAGUUUUGGAAAUUGACGGAGAAAGAUUGUGCCAAUCAACCGCUAUAUACAGGCACCUUGCUCGCGAGUACUUACUAUAUGGAUCGAAUACCAAAGAAGCGUUUUAUAUUGACAUGUAUUGUGCAUGUUUUGAUGAAAUUGGACAAAAAUAUCCUUUCAGAGAGCAAGACAAAUCUCGUAAGGAGUUAUUAAUCAAAGACUUUGAAAAAUCUGCGCCAAAAUCUCUUCUGAGGGUAGAAAAUUUAAUGAUGAAGUAUGGACAUGGUAGUAAGUUUAUUUUGAAUAAAAUCAGCCUGGCCGACUUUUAUUUGUUGUCAUUUGGCGACUUCUUGUUGCCAUUAUGUAGUGAAAUAGUUUCUGGAGUGCCAAAAAUUGCGGAUGUCUAUGAAAAUAUACGAAACCACCCUAAUAUGGUUUCGUGGAUUAAAAAAAGGCCGGUAACACAACUUUAAUUUAAUAGUUAUUUUUGUUAAACCUAUUUUUUGCUUUUAG